GAUUCUGCACUGAGUUUAACGAGCAAGGCUUACUGAUACAAGACCACUAUGCAAAGGACUGCACAACGUUUGAUAUCCCUUGGCCAACUCGAUAUUUGUCCACAAAGGCAUACAAAUAUCAGGAAUGUUAUCGCUUAGAUACAAAAACCAUGAUGAACCAGUCAGAUAACAUCGAUAAUUUAGUAAUUGGAGAAACUGUAAUGGGGAUACUGGUCGGUUUACUUUUUGCAACACUCGUUUGCUGCAUUAUUUUCCGAAAUCGAAAAAAUAUACAUGUCAAUAAAUACAUAGGUUUAGAUUGUGUACAAGGCAAUCAAAGUCAAGAAGAUGUCACAAGAGGUGAAAGAAUUAUAACUGAGCAUCAGGGAGGUGACAUAAUUUAUUACAAUAACGCAGCAAACGGACGAAACGAAAUGGAACAAACGGAAGAAAAUCCUACAGACCAAAGUUUCAACACAAGACUAAUACAAGAAAAUCGGCAAAGGUCAAAUUUGCCAGUUCAAGAAGGAUAUAUAGAAGAUCUGUUGUCAGCCCAGGAAAUACAUCGCUAUUGUCCUGAUGGACCACAAGAGAGCGAAGACAAUGUUUCCUGGGAAAACCAAUCAUCGGCUCAACCUUCUCAAAUUGGUGAUUAUCAAGACGCAAUAUCAUGUCGAAAUCCUAAUUCUAGGUAAAAAUACCGAAACAGGUAUUAAAACUUGGUAUUUUAUUAAGAACAAUAAAGGAAUUAAUAUGUACAUGUAAAUAAAUAU